AUCUCCGAGGUCAAUUUGAUGGUGAUAGCUUGACAAGCCAAUAUACGAGUAAUGCAUGUCAGUAUUGGUUAUCGAUGAUGGCGAGAUUAUGAAUCUGGUUGUACAUUAUAUCACACUCUUCGUCUUCUUUGGAAUUUCAAUUUGUGAUGAUGACGUCGAGUACAACAAGUUUUUGCAGGCGUCCAUCUCCCAAGGUCUCAAAAUAUUCAGUGGCAUUGAUGAAAUAGUUAGGUACUUCAGAGAAAAUGAAACUAGCACUCUGUCAAAGAGUAUUCUUGAGACUUUUUUAAAUGACUGUCUGUUCAUGGAGGAUCCAGGAGUACCUGACGACAAAGACCGGAAACCCUUCAUUGUAAUUGAAGGCAACCACCGAUCCAGUAGAGAAGUGAUUGGAAUGCGACUGUCCAGAAUCCUCGGUGGCAGAUUUCUCAUCCACCCAGCGCCGUGUCUAGCCAAGUACUUGGAAGUUGUGCCCAAGAGAACGCUACUCAGGAGAGCGUACUACGCACUUUCUCUGUACGCGCAGGCUUUCAAUGUCAAGGUCCAGCUAAGUCUGAACCGAGCAGUCGUUCUCAAUGGCUAUUGGUUGGAUCAACUGGCUUUUCAUCUCACCCAGUCCUUUCCUCGUGGUCCACUGCCACCCGUCAACUCUAACAUCUUCGACUUCCCAGAAGGUCUCCUCCGUCCAGAUGUCAUCUUCUAUUUGAACAUUCCUGAUAAUCUUAGAUCCAUGAACAUGACAACGAGGAGCCCACUCAACUGGAAACCAAGAUCGCUGCAGCUGUACACAGACCUGCAGGCAAGGUACCCGAUUGUCCUUCAGACGUUGACCGGAGUGUACGGACAUACUGUUGAUGCCAUAUAUCAGCACAUGUUGGAGAAUCUGGUGACUUACAGAAACAUCUGGCCAUCCCACAGUAACAUAGAAGUGGAUUACGAUAUUAACAGGGUUGAAAUACAACAGAGAAACGAUACUGAAAGUAAUAAAAACAAUGGAAAUUAACAAUUAAAGAUUCUUUCAAUAUA